AUGCUGACGCUUCUCGGACUGACCGCGUGGCUGUCGCGGCCGGCGCCCGCGCACCGGACGCGCUCAGGGAUCCCGCUGCCGCCGCUCCUCCACGCGACGAUCCCGGACGAGGCGCUGCGCGGCAAGCGGCUCUACGUCGUCGGCGACGUGCACGGCUGCUACACGGAGCUCCGCUCGCUGCUCGCCGCGAUCUGCGCCGACGACGACGAAUCGGUCGUCGUCGUGCUCGCUGGCGACCUCGUCAACAAGGGACCGCGCAGCGUCGACGUGAUCCGGCUCGCGCGCGCGUACGGCACGCGCUGCUACGCCGUGCGCGGCAACCACGACGAGGCGGGCCUGCGCGAGUGGUUCCGGCUGCGCGCGGACGCGGGCUACCUCCUCUCGCCGAAGUACGCGUGGGUGAGCGAGAUGACGGAGGCCGACGCCGACUACCUGCUCGCGUUGCCGUACACGCUCUCCGUGCCGUCGCGCGGCACGCUCAUCGUGCACGGCGGCCUCAUCCCGCGGCGGCCGCUCGCUGAUCAGAGCCCCGCCGACAUGACGACGAUGCGCAACCUGAUUGUGCGUGACCACUUCGGACACGCGUUCGCGCCGACGGAGCACAUCGAGCGCGGCGUGCCGUGGGCGUCGCUCUGGCCGGGCCCCGAGCACGUGCUCUUCGGGCACGACGCGCGCCGCCGCCUGCAGACGUACGCGCACGCGACGGGUCUCGACACGGGCUGCGUGUACGGCGGGCAGCUGACGGCGCUGCUGCUGCGGGAGGACGGCGGCCGCGAGUAUGUGCAGGUGCCGAGCAGGACGGCGACGGCCGUGAAGAACUGUAAGCACAAAACGCUGCCCGACGCGCACUGCUGA